AUGGCCGACGCUCUCUGCGGUCCCUCCAACCCGCUUCAGAACCUGCAAAAACACACCCAGGUAGAUCGGACGCUGCAGCAAGACCGUCUUAUCGGUAAUAGACAGUCGCCUAGCCAGGGCUUCCGCACCGUCGACCCUCGAGCUGGCUCCCUCGAUGCCGACUUCCAAGCCUUUGAGACCUCGACGCCACACCCAUUCCAGUUCCAGCAGCCCGAGCUAUUCCACCCUCAAAGCCAUGUCCCCUCUGCCCCGGCAGGAUGGGCUGCCGACUUUCAACGGCUCUCCAUAUCCCAGCAGCAGCAGCCUAUGCCGGCGGGACAAUUUCGCAUUGAAGCGCCGCUGAUCAAGUCCACAACCCUCGGCGGAUGGCAAAAUGAAUUCAUGCGGCAGCGGUCGGGGGCGGGUACACCAGUUGCGCAAGGGAAGCAAGCAGUCCGGGAUGGUCCACAGUUGAGCAAUGCCAGCAUGUUCCAACAGUCGAUGAUGGACUACUCCCAGCCCAUGUACCAGUCAUACUCUGGAGAUUUCCAGCAACAGCCGCAAAUGCAACAACAGGCGACCAUGAUGUCUAUGGAACAACACGUCCAGAUCUCCGACGUCGAUUUCGAAGCCGCCUUCGCGGACGCAUUUGCCCACGCCCAAGAGAUGGAUCAACAACGCGCGGCAUCACGACUGUCUUCGGACCCCGAUGCCAUGAUCGCCGAGACGGACAUACAACGACCCGUAGAUGCAGAGACGGUGCGGAUAGGCAGCGACGCCAUUGCUUACCGCGAGAAAGCGGACCGCACGGCAGACCAAGACACCCGCGACGCUGAUGAACUGGCCCGCACCGCAGGCCAGCUCCUCACCAGCGUGUCACACGACAAUAGCGAAAAAUUCCAAAACAGCCAGUUCCUGCAGCUGAUGCGGAAAAUCAGGGAUCGCGAGGUCGAAGUCCAGGGUGACGAACUCCAAGAAACCGGCAGGUCGACGUCCACACCGGCGCAAGAGAGUCGACACUUCCCCUCUCAAGAAGCCUCGAAUCAGCAGUCGUCGUCGUCGUCGCAUUUUGAAUUCCCAGACAUGGACGCUGUUUAUGCGCCCACAAACACAAGCGAUGAUGCCUGGGGGGCAGACUCGGAACUGGACCAGAACCAGAACCAGAACGCGCAGCACCGCUUUGCAGGUUCGUGGGACUAUCCCCCCGCCAGCGCGCCGCAGUGGAAAGCUGCUCCGGAGGUGACUGCGCACGACCCGCAGGUGUUACAGAGGUCGCCCUACACGACUUAUGGAUUCGACGACGACCAGUAUCCCACACACCCGCAACCGCAAUCGCAGUUCGAGGCCCUCCACCCGGGCGGGAAAUACUACCCGGACCAGUCCCCGCGCCUGCAACGCGCAGCCAUGGACAACACCACUAAUGUUGAUGUCCCAGGCGAAAUCGAGAUCAACUCUGACAUCCCGGUUCCUGUCGUCGGAGCCACGCAGCAGGACGGCGCGCCUCUGGAGAAACGCAUCUCGGCGAGCGACUUUGACUCUCGGUACUUGGACUCCACAUGGUUCAAUUUCCACAGGUAG